AUGCCUUCAAAAGCUCCUCUGGGAGAUGGGGAGGAGGAAGAGGAAGAAGAAUUUCGGGAAAUCGCGUUCGGGUACACCGGAGGGGUGUUCUACCCGUUCGAGAGAGCACCGUUUCGAGAGGAGGAGGAGGAAGAAGAAUCGAUUUUCCCGAGAGCAAAGCGUCCGCUUUUAUCGUCUGUAUCGUCCUCUCGUGAUGAGGGUGGUGGUUUUAAGCGCAUCGAAACAGACGGUCGACCGAUUGUUGCGUCGGUGGCGCGAUGCCCGGAGAGUGAGUUGGUGGACAUCGAGCGAGCGAGAGCGAAAAGGUUGAUUCGAGCGCAAAACGUAAGCGUCGUGAAAGAGACGACGAACAGAGUUAAUAAAGUAACGGCCGAGAGGGAUCGAGAGGUGAAUUUGUAUCGGCACGCGAUCUGCGGAGUUCCGUUUCAAUGUUUGAAUGCGAUCGCAUUGGUGGAAAAAGAGGAAGAGCAGCGACGAGCGCGAACGAGGAGAGACGAAGCGGCGAACUGUUUGAAGAUUUUUAGAGACGGGACGGUGGUCACGCGGGACGCGAAAGGAAGGGCGGUGAGGUGUUACGAAGGGGUCAGAGAGGUAAUAGAGAGGAGGAACGAAUAUCAGAGAACGUUCGAUGUGCAAGGCAUCGAAGAGGAGGAAGGGAGAGGGGAGAUGAAAAUGGUCGCGUCGAGAGACUUUUGCGGCGUGUCCGUGUCGAAAACAAAUAAGAGCGGGACGUUUCGGUGCGAAUUUUCUACACCGGUAAUGAAUGAUAACGACGCGUUGCCAACGGACAUGAGAUUUACGAAUCAGAGCGCGUGCGGGGAGUUUUCGGAUUGUUGUUUGAGAGUCGCGACGGAAGUUGGGACGGUGCAAACGUACAGGCCUGGAGAGAGCGGAUGGGUGAAAUGGGAUACGGUCUCGAUGGGGGUCGAGAAUGCCUCCAGCGCCGGUAGCGCGGUUGUGAGGCAAUGGUACGGAUGUUACGAAGCCCAACACCCGCGGACGAUGCUGCAUUGCAACCCGAAUCGCAUUCAAGUCAUCGAUGAACGACGACCGGAAGUUGUGAACACCCGCGCUAUUGGAGAAACAUCUACUACAAAAAGAAGUACGACUUCCUGGAGUCGGGACGAACGCAUCCAAUGCGCUUCAAACGUGCUCACAGGCACGUUUCUUUUCGCCAUCGGAACUCGUACUUCGGUCAAGUUGUACGAUAUUCGAAAAUACUCUCCCGUGGACCCGGUGUUCUCCUGGAAACACGGCAUGUCUUCUUCGCCUUCUUCGGUUGAAGUCCGAAACGACUUCCGAAGAGCGUUUGAUACGAAUAUCAACGUUGACGAUUCUUAUGUGACGAUUCUCGCGGUGGCUAAUGCAACAGGAGACGCGAUGGCGUUUGAGACGAGAGGUGUGAAUAACACUCAAUCAAAAUCGUUUACGAUGUCUGCGUUGUCCGCUGGCGUUCGACUCGUCCCGCGACCCGCGGAUGCGCCGUGGGGGGGAUUUCAAUUUUACCCAGGCGAAGCGAGAGAGAAGGCAGACCUCUUGCCGUUUUUUGCGUGGUCGGAAGAAGCGACUGGCACCGUGUACGUGCAAAACUUCGAAGACAAGGAAACCAUCGUGAAAGAUGCGCCAUUCGUCACUCGCGACGCAAGCUCGACUUUACCAUUAUCGUUCGGCCAUAUGCGGAGGGAAAUGCGCGGAAGUUUUGAUGCGCACUCCUACGGGAAAUGUAGGCGACGGGAGCCUUUUGAUAUUUCGAGACAACUGGACGACGACGUAGAAUUGCUUCCGCAUAUCUACAACGGAUCGUCAAAGUACGUCGCCGUUGACUUGGCAUGGAAGCUAGAGGAAGAGAAUAACGCGGAAACCGAAGACGAGGAUGCGUUUGACGCGCGGGGUGCUCGAAUGAUUCGCAAAGCCGCCGAAGCGUUCAAUUUGGCAAAAAAAAUCAAAGUUGACGAAGACUUGAGGGAAGUACGAAAGCACGGUAGGAUGCAAAUGUUCGAGGACGACGGUUGGAACGAGGUGAGACGCGGAAAGGGGCGAGGUCACAUGUUUCGACUCAACCCGGCAACUGGUAAACACGAGAUGAUUUUUGGUGGAAACAUGUACGUUUGUCCUGUUUUGUGCGCCGACGGUAAACAGUGUAAGUUUUCGUGCGCUGCUAUGAAUCGAACCGAAACGAUGAAAACACAUCUAUGGGAGAAGCAUAAAAUAGAAUCGAGACCGUUUACUGAACUCAUCAGAGCAGGUGAAGCGAAAAGUCAUACGAAAUACAUGGUUACAGAUUCGAAGCAAAAAACGAUUAGUGCGCCAAUGUCCUAUAAUUUCAUCUCCCUCGUUGGCGAGGAAGGCGAUUCUGCGGACUAUCCGAAACACAUCCAAUCGAAGAAAGACGAACGAGAUGAGUACUGGGAAGCGCUCGAUCGACGCUCGAAGGAAAUUGCAGAAGAUGAGAGCUUUUUACGACAAGGUGUGCACGAAAUCAAGUCCAUUGAGAUGGAACGAUACCAGUCUAUCGAUUCCGCCGACGUCCUGAAACGCUUGCGAAAUUUGCGCGAAAACGGUUGGGGAACGACUUUAGUCAUCGAUGACGAAGAUGAAGACGAGGACGACGAGGAGAGGAAGCGACUUGAAUUAUUGAUUGAUGAUUUAGAAAAUCGUCGUCCGCGCGAUGGUACAUCGCAGAAGAUGAAGAAGCGGACUCUUCGCAUGCCUCCUCUGUCUCUGGGAGAGGAGGAUAUCCCUCCGUCGACGAAGAAGAAGAAAAGCCAUCCUACUCGUGCGCUACCAGUGAUAUCUCAACCACCCCUUCCAGUCACAGCGGCACCACCGUCAAAGAAUGCGUUCGUGGAGGAGAAGAAAAAAGGGAAGAAACGCGACAAGAGUGCGAAGGAGGAGAAGAAGAAAAAGAAGAAGAAAGUCGCAGGCUUCUUGUAG